AUGGCGUCUCGACUCGCGCGGUCGCUCGAGCGGUGUCUGCGAACAUCGCGCGCGUCGUUUGCGUCGACGAGCGGUCGACAAAGCGAGUCUGUGGUUGAGAAGACGCGCGAGAUGGAGCGCUCGGGUGGUCUGCUGCUGGAGCGGUCGGCGGAGGAUGCGCUCGAUUCCGAGGCGUUGCGUCGGGCGUGCGCGGCGUUGGCGCGUCAACGGGUGGGCAUGAUGUCCGCGUACGACGGUGCGACGGAAGAGGCGCUCCGGAGAGCGGUUAGAGACGCGUUCGGGGCGGAGAAAGGGGUUCGAGUGGGACGCCGAGCGAGCGCGCGUUACGAGCGCUUGCGAGAGGCGAUGCGACGAGGAAGCGCCGGGGACGCGUCGAGGGAGCUAGAGAGCUCGGCGGAUGAUCGAAGCGGUCGUUUACUGAGCGCUGGGUCGAGCGCGACGCGAAUGGUCGAGGGAUCGGCCGACGCGUUGGCGACGUGGGACGACGACAUCGAGUGGGCAGUGAGAUUGAGCAAGCGUAAGCUGCGGCGGGUGGAGCAGAGUUUAGUGAGCGCGCAAGAGGAGCGCGCCGAGGUAAAUGAUGUCACGGUAAAGUACGAUGAAUUAGACGCCGCGGUGUACGCGGUGAUGCGGAGUCCCAUGACCAUGGGGGCGCUGAAGAGGAUAUUCUAUGAGACGCGAGACAGGCUCGGAGAGAGCUUCUCGCCAAAGACUGUGCUAGAUUUUGGAUCUGGACCGAUGCCGACGACGCUCUUCGCGCUCCGCGCGGUGUUCGGAGACAACGUCGGUACACCCAUGAGCGCGAAUCCGAGAGAUGGUGAGAUUCAAGUCGCGUUCGUGGAUAGUAAUCCGGGCAUGAUGCGAUUUGCUCGUCGCGUCGUCGGUUACGCGAAAAACGUCGAGGCGGAGCGCGAAGCGGAGGCGAUGACGGCGAUAAUUCAAGAAAGAGACGACAUACGCCCGCGCCAAGACACGAACAUUGAAGGUAUCGAUCAGUUGGACUUCACCGAAUUCGAGGACGCCGACGAGAAAUCGGCGCUGAGUGCGCCGCGCCCGGCGAGCGCGCUCAGAUUGAAAACACCUCACCCGUGGCACGAGAGCGAGGGUGUUCGCACGAGCGCGAGUCUCCGCGGCGCCAACAGACGCGGUGGCUUCGACGUGGUCGUUUCGUCCUACGCCCUGCUCGAGAUCCCAGACGAAGCCACGGCGCGUAAUCAGCAGCGUCAGGUGGACGUGACGAUUCGUCAGUUGUGGGACAAAGUCGCCCUCGGCGGAAUCUUAGUCUUGGCCGAACCAGGAACGCCCAAGGGAAGCUUACUCGUUCGGAGAGCGCGGGCGAUGAUUUUAGACGUCGCGCGUAGGGAUAUGGAGCAAAGAGCACGAAGACUUGGGAUUGAGCCAUCGGAGGAGGACGUGGACGCGUACGUCGUCGCUCCUUGUCAGCACGACGGCGCGUGUCCAGUCAAAGAGUCCAACCGCGAGGAUGGGUUUUCGACGUGGUGUCACUUUCCUCAGCGUUCCAUGCGAAGCGAGUACAUGCGAGAGAUGAAGCACGGCUUGAAGACGUAUCAGGAUGAGAAGUUUUCGUACGUCGUCGUGAGAAAAUCUUCUCGCGCGUCGGCGCGCGCCGACGCGAGUCGAGCGGCUCGAGAGGCGCGCGAUGAGAGAACGAAGAAACCGUCCGCCGCGACGGACGAUGACGACGAAGCUUUCCACCGAGAGCUCGCUCGUGAUUCCAUGCAGCGAUGGGGUCGAGUGAUAAGACAUCCCAUUAGACGCAAAGGUCACGUCGUCUUCGAGCUCUGCGCCCCGACGGGCGAACUCGAGCGCGUCACGGUGGCCAAAUCGCACGGUCGCGAAAUCGGUCGCGACGGGUACAAAUUCGCUCGCAAACUCCACUGGGGCGAUCUCUAUCCGUUCGAGCGCAAGCUCAUCGCCCGUCCGGGCGAUCAGGCCCGUCGCGAGCUCGCCGCCGCCAGACGAGAGUUCGACGCCCUCACGGAGACCCAGCGCGCCGACUUACGUCGCGCCCUCGACGCCAUCGACGGAUCAUUCCUAGACGACGACGACGACGACGACGACGACGAUGACGACGACCACGACCACGACCACGACGGUCUCUCGCGCGCGUUCGAGCCGUCGUCGCCGUCGUCCCGCCCCCACGGGCGUCCCGUCGUCCCGCCCCGUUAG